AUGCUUCAUGAGGAAGCGGGCGAUGUUGAAUUGCACAUGGCCUCUUAUCGCUUCUGCCAUCGUCUUUGUUUUCUUGGUCUAAUAACGUUCUCUCUCUGUUCCGUUGUGUUCAUCAUGUCAAGAGGUAAGCACGGCGAAAGGAUCCUCUUGCUAAGGGGUAUUUACUUUCCAUGAUCUAAAAACAUCCAUAUUUUGCUUGGAAGAUAAUCGUGAAGACCCCGUGCGUCGAGAUGAUCGCUUAUUAAACAUUCAUUGAAGCGUAAAACAAAUUUAUUAACAUACUUCUCAAAGUGGCGCCUGAAGUCGCGCGUUCGAUCGAGAGCCAUCAGCACUGUCAUUGAAAUAGUAAACAUAUCAAAGCUGUCCUUUGCUUAUCAACUCAGAUUACAAAACUUAACUGUAAAAGAAUCAUUGCUUUAAGGAUAUUGCACAGUACAUUGGGUCGUUGAGAUUUCCGGGUUCAAGCCCAGGACGGGUCGUUGAGUUGUGUCCCUGGAAAAAAAAGAAAAAAAAAACUCCAACCAGGGAGAAUAGUAGGUAAGGGGGGAGUAAAAUUAUUCCUGGUCGCUUAUUUUAUGUCACGUAAAAUUUUCUUGCCUAAGCAAGAUUUGGCUUGAGCUUAGAAUUGUCUCGAUAUGCCCUUACUAAUCUCUUCUUUCGUUAGUGCCACUAAAAAUAUAUAUUUUGUCCUUUUAAUGCUGAUUUUGAUUCGAAAUUCUCUUUAAUAAAAGUAACAACUAUACUUUUGAUAGGUUAUUUGUCCUUCUUCGUCAGCCGAGGAUUUGAAAUCGUCGAAGAGGAAAGUAAUUCGAUCGAACGAAAACGCGAACUGCCCAUCAUCACCAGCCAUACAGGAAACUUCAGUAAAAGAACUUGUAAAGAAGGGGAUUUUGAAGGUAUCUUACUAGUUAUUGUCUUUGUGGAAAUCUUCUAUGAUUCCAUUCCGUUACUGGAGCGACUUUACAGACAUCGUUUUCCACAUAUAGUUUAUUGCGGACCUACAAAACCACCUGGAGAUCAAGAGUACAAGAUGAUCGUGGUAUCUAUGCUUCACGGAGUCACAGCUUACGAGUGUCUGAGCACUGCGAUCAGAACACAACCUCAAUUUACGGGUUAUUUGUUUAUUAGAAGUGAUUUGUUUUUAAAUUUUUGGAGCAUUUCAAAUUUGAAUAGAUCUAGGAUAUGGGAAAGCUCUGAACAGCUUGGUUACCAGGUCAUGUUUGAGCAACCGCGCGAUUCCUGGAUCUGGUGGUACACGCCAUGGGGGCUAAAAGCUUGUGAGGAGGCCUAUAAAGACCUUAUUUUCCUGAAUGACGCGCAGAAGCGUGCAAUAAUUGAUAGCAAAGGGCAAGAGGAAAGUUCGUGGGACGUGGAAAACGCAUUAAACGCUCUGCUAUGGAAUGGGCGUGGCUUAAACAUGUGCUAUCGAGGCUUUUCAAACCUAUUUUAUAUUCCUUCAGAACAGGCCACUGCCUUUGAAAAACUGUCCACUGUUUUUCAAAAGCAUCAGGUGUAUAUGGAAAUAGCAGUUCCCACCAUGAUUAAAAUGCUCGAUCUGUCCGAAAAAUCAGAGAAAAUAUCAGGAAUAGAUAUUGGAUUUAUUUACGGGGAGGAGCGCGCACAAAACGACGGUAGUUUAUUUUUGCGAUAUAUCUCGCGCAACAUAAGUUAUAUUAGACCUGUUGUGCUAAUGCGUAAAUACUUUGCAGAAAAAAACUCAGUCGGGAUUGUGGAAGUGUUGUUAAAUCGAUUUAACCAUACAAACUGUUCAAAUAGCUAG